AUGGCGGUUCUUCAGUAUAUCAGAAACAAUGAACGCCGCUUCCAUACAUUCAUAGCCAACAGAGUGGCAACGAUACACGAACACUCAGACAGCGAACAGUGGCGUCAUGUGCCAUCAACUCAAAACCCAGCUGAUGAUGCGAAUCACAGACUGCAAGGAGCAGAGCUACACGAAAACCAUAGAUGGCUCCAAGGGCCCCUGUUUCUCAAACUGGAUGAGACGAGAUGGCCGACGUUGGUGCAGAAUAUUCCGGAACUGACAGACGGAGACGCAGAAGCAAAGAAGCCCUGCAUCUCUUUGACAGCACAGGUUGGACAAGAGGCAUAUGCCGUAGAGAGGUUAUGGACAUAUCACUCGUCAUGGCAUCAGCUGCUGAAAAGUGUUGCUUGGUUCAGAAGAUUCAUCCAGUGGCGUUUUGGGGAGUCAGAAGAGGUCAGCAAGGAGGGUCGGUUGUCAGUUCAUGAAAUAAACAAGGCAAAGGUGGCUACUCUACGUCUGAUCCAGAACACAUGGUUUCCAUUCGAAAUGAAGAAACAUAAGGAAGUAUUACCUGUUACGACCAGUGCCAUAUAUAAACUUGAGCCCUGUCUGGGUGAGGAUGGGCUGAUGCGAGCUGGUGGCCGAUUGGAGCAUGCCCUUCUCCACCCAGACCACAAGAAUCUAUACUGCUACCCAGGGACAAUGUCGUUACAGAGCUCAUCGUGA